AUGUUUUCAAGCCACUCUCGUCGUUUUCCGAUGUCUUCGGUUGCUUUCCUUGAUCUGAGGCCUCCUCCUGCUCCACCACCGGAGUCUUCUUCUCCGCCGACUCCACCAGAACCACCUGACCCCCCUGACCCUCAGAUCUGCCUCUCCUUUAAUGUAUCUCUUGCUCAGUCGCCCUUGACGACGAGUGUCCCUCUCCUUCUUGCAAAGUCACUCAAUAGCUUUGGAGUGCUGCUUCUCGACGAGUCCCUCUUUACAAACUGGUUUGGAGAGAUGUUCCCCCAUGUUUGCUUGUCCUCCUCGUCCUCUACUUCUUGUAACAUGGGAAGGAAUUUUAUGUUCGUUGAAUGUGUGGUUCUUGUUUUGUAG